AUUCUGAGGGCAGCAGACAUGGGGAACAAGACGGUGAUAAUGACCACCUUGAAUGAUGCAUGGACGGAACCUGGAUCGGUUUUGGAUCUCUUCCUCGAGAGCUUCCGGAUCGGCAACGGGACGAGCCAGCUUCUGAACCACUUGGUGUUCAUCACCAUGGGCCAGAAGGCGCACGAGCGUUGCACGUCUAUGCGUGGCCAUUGCUUCGAUCUCAACACCAAGGGCGCCAACUUGUCCGAGCAGAAGGACUACAAUACUCCCGGCUACUUGGAUAUAAUGUGGCAAAGGUUGGAUUUCCAACGCCAAGUUCUCGAGAAAGGGUACGACUUCAUAUUCACGGAUACAGACAUCUUGUGGUUUCGGAAUCCUCUUCCACAGUUCUACCCCCAAGGAGACUUCCAGGUAUCCUGUGACAGGUUCUUCGGCAACGCCACUGAUCUGGAGAACUGGCCUAGCAAUGGAUUCAACUACGUGAGGUCUAACAAUAGGACCAUCUCAUUCUUCAAGUACUGGUACUCGGCAAGAACAAAAUAUCCCCAGGAUCAUGAUCAGGCUGUGUUCAACUACAUCAAGCAUGACGCGUACCUCAGGGAAUUAGGGUUGACGAUUAGGUUCUUGGACAGUAAGUACUUUCAUGGGCUCUGUGAGAUACGAAGCAGAGACUGGGAUGCCGUUUGCACGAUGCAUGCAAACUGCCGUAUUGGGUUAAGCAGUAAGCUCAGUGAAUUGAGAGGCAUGCUUGAAGAGUGGAAGAAGUAUAUCUCUGGCAAUCACCCUUAG